CCAGGCUCAUGGCAAAGCCCUGCAGGGAGAGCAGAGCAGCUCUGUGUGCACAGCGGUGGGCAUUGCAUUGGUGUGAGAGCAGCGGGCGAGGAUGAUAAAGGACACCUAUAAGGACGCCAUCCGCACCCUGAACACGCUGCAGACCAACGCCAGUUACCUGGAGCAGGUGAAGAGGGAGCGCGGGGACCCCCGGGUGCAGCUGGACGCCAUGCGGGGCUUCUUGGAGCGGAGCGGGCUGCGGGUCGAGGACCUGGAUCGGCUGAACAUCAUCCACGUCACGGGGACGAAGGGCAAGGGCUCAGCCUGUGCCUUCACCGAGCGCAUCCUGCGUGGCUACGGGCUGCGGACUGGCUUCUACAGCUCCCCACACUUGGUGCAGGUACGUGAGCGGAUCCGGAUCAAUGGGCAGCCGCUGAGCAAGGAGCUGUUCAGCAAAUACUUCUGGCUGGUGUAUCGACGGCUGCGGGGCAGCAAGGACGAGGCUCAGGCCAACAUGCCGGCGUAUUUCCGCUUCCUCACCAUCAUGGCCUUCCAUGUCUUCCUGCAGGAGAAGGUGGACCUGGCGGUGGUGGAGGUGGGCAUCGGUGGCGCCUUCGACUGCACCAACAUCAUCAGGACACCGGUGGUGUGCGGCGUCUCCUCGUUGGGCAUCGACCACACCAGCAUCCUGGGGGACACGGUGGAGAAGAUCGCUUGGCAGAAAGGUGGCAUUUUUAAGCCCGGUGUGCCAGCAUUCACUGUGCCACAGCCUGAGCAACCACUGGAAGUGCUGCGGGACCGAGCGAGGGAGUGUGGGUGCCCCCUGUACCUCUGCCCUGAGCUGGACGCCUUUGAGGCGGGGAUGCGGGUGCUGGAGCUGGGGCUGGCGGGCAGCCAUCAGCGCUCCAACGCUGCUCUGGCUCUGCAGCUCUCACGGACGUGGCUGCAGCGGCGCGGUUACGAGGCAGGUAGUGAUGUGCUGCAGGACGUGCUGCCCGGAGCGGAGCUGUCGGCACAGCGCUCGGUGCCGCUGGCACCCACGUUUUGCCCCAGCGAUGCCAUGAUCCAAGGGCUGCGGGACACGGAGUGGCCGGGCCGUACCCAGGUGCUGCAGCACGGCCCCGUGACAUGGUACAUCGACGGGGCUCACACCACCAGCAGCAUCCAGGCCUGCGUCCGCUGGUUUCGCCAGGCAGCCCUCAAUGAGGACAAACCUCAGGAUGGCUCUGAGGUGCGGGUGCUGCUCUUCAAUGCUACGGGAGACCGGGACACGGCUGCGCUACUGAAGCUGCUGCUGCCCUGCCACUUUGACUACGCCGUCUUCUGCCCCAACUUCACAGAGGUGUCAGUGGCUCCUAAUGCAGACCAACAAAACUUCAACGUGACGCUGGAGAACGCCCUCACACGCUGCGUGGAGAACCAGAAGACGUGGACUCGGCUGAUGGAGGAGAAGGGGGGUCCCUGGCUGCCAGCUCCCCUGGAGGUGGGGGGGCUGCUGCAACCAGACCCCCUGCGGGGAGCCCUGCUGCUGGUGCCCCCGGCCGAGCGGCCGCUCAACUCCACCUCCCUCGUCUUCCCCUGCAUUUCCCAUGCGCUGCAGUGGAUCACGCAGGGCCGGGACCCCCACCUGUCCCUGCCUGCCUCCAAGGUGGGGGCUCACCCACACCCUGUGGCCACCAGCGGGGCUGUGCUGCUGCAGGAGGCAGCCGCCAUCCGCGUCCUUGUCACCGGCAGCCUGCACCUGGUUGGGGGGGUCCUUAAGCUGCUGGACCCCACGCUGUCCCAGUAGUGGGGAUGGGGGCUCUGUACCUCCUUGGACUUGAAUUUUUGGAUGAUGCUUGGAGGCGGAUAGGACCCCCUCCAAGCUGGGCUGUCCCUGCCCCUUCUCACCCCAGUGCCUUUUGUCUGUGCCAGCCCAGGGAGUGGCUGUCCCCAUGAGGUGGAGGGGACACUUGUGAUGUGAUGGACUCAGGCUGCCCCCAGGCUUUGGCUGGGGGGCCUGUGAGUUCCCUGUUCUCCCCAGGGCAGGUUUUGGGGGUCUGUGGGUGCUCCAUGCCCCAGGUGUGAGUGAUGCUUCAAGGCUCUGUGCCACUAAUUUAAUGUAGUGUAGGUUUUUAUUAUUAUUAAGUUUGUAACUUUGACCUGGAGCUGGGCUGGGGGGGCCCGGGUUGUUGUCUGUGCACUGCCCUGGGCUGAGGGGGCAGCAGCGCGGUGCUGUCUGGCCCCCAGCCCCUACCCCAAUAAACCAUUUGCUGCUCCCA